AUGACCCUCGCCAAUCUGGAUGACUUCGAAAAAGGCCUCGGGGAUGUGGAGAAAAAGUUUGUUGAGGGCUUUCGAGAGGGCAUCUUCUGUGGUCAUCGGCUCACUCAUGUGGAUGAACACGGCUUCUCCGCCUUACGAGCGCAGUAUAUUGGUGAGAUUAUGAAGUCAAUUAAAAAGAGAUUCCCUUCUGGGGAUGUGAGCCACAUUUCUGACCUCGACACUGUCCUCAACGCCUCUCGUUUUCCGAACACGAACAGCGCGCUGCAGGAGUACGGCUUGGAUGCUGUCGAGCGCCUUGCUGACUUUUAUGGCGCGCACCCAAACGCAGCGGUCUCACUCGUUGAAAAGGAAAGGAUGGUUCUCCGUCAGACUUGGGCCGAAGAGCGGAGCUAUCGGGGGAAGACCAUCCGCCGGGUCUUCAUCUCAGGGACCAGAGGGAGCGGCGAGGAGAGGAGGCACCUGGACCAGCUCCUGCAGGAGGAGGGGAGGACCUACGGGGACCUCCUGCAGUGGGACUUCACCGACUCCUUCUACAACCUGACACUGAAGCAGCUGCUGUUCCUGGACUGGUUCCAGACCCGGUCUCGCCGCUGCCGCUUCCUGAUGAGCGGAGACGACGACAUCUUCGCCAACACCGACAACAUGGUGGAGUUUCUGCUCAGUCGCCACGGCAACGACGGAGACCAGCACCUGUUCGUGGGUGAGUCCGAUGGUUCUGUAUGA